CGCCGUUCUACCUCCCAAUGUCGUCUGCCAUCAAGCAAGCAAUUACCAGCAUGACGGCGAACGCGAAGCAGUCUGAUCUCGCGCAGAACACCGUCGAGGUGUCCAAGUCGACGAAGCUCACCACCGACCACGGUGUUCCCGUCUCCGACACGGAUAACUGGCUCAAGGUCACCGACGGCACCCACGCAGGGCCUUCCCUCCUUGAAGACCAGAUCGCACGCGAGAAGAUCCAUCGCUUUGACCAUGAGCGCAUUCCCGAGCGCGUCGUCCACGCACGCGGCGCAGGCGCGCACGGCUACUUCAAGGUCUUUGACGACCGCGCCAAGAAGUACACAUACGCUGGCGUCCUCACCGAUCCAUCUCGCACCACCCCCGUCUUCGUGCGCUUCAGCACCGUGCAGGGCUCGCGUGGAAGCGCUGACACCGUACGCGACGUGCGCGGCUUCGCUACCAAGUUCUACACCGACGAGGGCAACUGGGAUAUCGUUGGCAACAACAUUCCCGUUUUCUUCAUUCAGGACGCGAUCAAGUUUCCCGACUUCGUGCACGCUGUCAAGCCGGAGCCUCAUAACGAGGUUCCGCAGGGACAGUCCGCGCACAACAACUUCUGGGACUUUGUCGGUCUUCAGCCUGAGGCGUCGCACAUGGUGAUGUGGGCUAUGAGCGACCGCGGCAUCCCUCGCUCGUACCGCAUGAUGCAGGGCUUUGGUGUCAACACCUACACCUUGCUCAACGCGGCCGGCGAGCGUCACUUCGUCAAGUUCCACUGGAUUCCCGAGCUCGGUGUGCAUUCGUUCGUCUGGGACGAGGCCCUGAAGAUUGCGGGUCAGGAUCCAGACUUUCACCGCAAGGACCUCGAGGAAGCCAUCAACAACGGCGCUCCAGCGAAGUGGACGUUCGCCAUCCAGACCAUUGCUGAGAAGGACGAGCACAACUUCGAGUUUGACAUUCUCGAUGCGACCAAGAUCUGGCCCGAGGAGCUCGUCCCUCUUGAGCCGAUCGGUGAGAUGGUUCUCAACCGGACCGUCGACGAGUACUUCCCGGAGACGGAGCAAGUUGCGUUCUGCACCAGCCAUGUCGUACCCGGCAUCGGCUUCAGCGACGACCCUCUGCUUCAGGGCCGCAACUUCUCGUACUUCGAUACGCAGAUCACCCGCCUCGGCAUCAACUGGGAGCAGCUCCCCAUCAACCGCCCUGUCUGCCCCGUCAUGAGUCACAGCCGUGACGGUCAGCACCAGACGCGCAUCACGAAGGGGCAGGUCAACUACUGGCCAAACCGCUUCCAGGCCGGUCCGCCGGUUCCCAAGGAGGAGGGUGGCUACGCAGAGUUCGCGCAGCGCAUCAGCGGCAUCAAGCAGCGCGCGCGCGGCGCGAAGUUCCAGGAGCACUACAACCAGGCGCAGCUUUUCUACAACUCGCUCACCGACUUCGAGAAGGCGCACGUCCUCUCCGCGCUCUCCUUCGAGCUCAGCCACUGCGACGACCCGCUCGUGUACGAGUCGUACUCGCGCGUACUGAGCAACAUCGACCUCGACCUCGCGAAGAACGUCGCGCUGAACGUUGGAGGCGAGGUGCCCGACAAGCCUGGGAAGCCGAACAAGGGCCAGAAGAGCGAUACGCUGUCGCAAACGUACUACCUUCCGAAGGAGCCGACGAUUAAGUCGCGUCGGAUCGCGAUCUUGAUUGCGGAUGGGUUCAGUGGGAACGAGGUGCAGGCGGUGAAGGCGGCGCUGAAGAGCGCGGGUGCGCUGCCGUUCCUCAUUGGCCCGCGGAGGGGGAAGAUCUAUCCGGCGGGGACGACAGUCGGUGCGGAGGGUGGGAUCAUGGCGGACCACCAUUUCGAGGGCCAGCGCUCGACUUUGUUCGAUGCGCUGUUCAUCCCGUCGGGACGCGAGGCGGCGGACGCGCUGGUGUCGAACGGUCGCUGCAUUCACUGGGUGCGCGAGGCGUUCGGUCACCUGAAGGCUAUUGGCGCGAUCGGCGAGGGUGUCGCCGUCCUCCAGCGCGCGCUCGAGCUCAAGGAACUCCAGUUCUCUUCCGGCGAUAGCACGGAUGUCACCAACUCGUACGGCGUGGUGACGACGGGCAAGUACACCGCGUCGUCGCUCAUCUCGGACGCCUUGAAGAUCGGCCCGAGCGAGAAGGGCAUCGUGGCGAACUUCGCGUAUGAGGUUAGCCAGCACAGGAAUUGGAAGCGCGAGUUGGAUGGGCUGGCGAGCAAGGUCGCGUUCUGAGGAGGUUAUGACCUUCGUCGAGAGAAAAUGAUACACGUGUAUUCUAUGUAUUACAUAGUAGCUCACUUAUUGUACUUAUGUUGUAACACGCAUGCCCUCCGAGCUCUUUACACUG